AUGAAAGCGCGAGUACAUGCGGAAGACCUAAAAUUUGAGACAGAGCGGCGUCUCUUCUGCAAAGGUUCCGCUCUUGUCAAGCUUGAGAGUCUAAAUUGGGAAGAGCAUAAAACUUGCCAACAUGACCCGAAGAAUGUACUACGACUUAAAAAGAUCUUUGAGAAGGAAGGAUGCCGUUCGCUAAAGGUGGGAAACCACAUACCUGCUAUUGUCGAUCAACAUCAUCUCGACACUGCCAUAGAGAAUGCGAAGCAAAAUAAGACGUGGAAAACGGGGAUUUUGCCAAGUAGUUACGCCAUGAUCGACUCAGAAAACGGAUACCCAGAGCUUGAGUUUCCAGGUGGAAUUAUCUGUCUCCAUGGAUUACAUAGAAUUCAAGCGGGAAAAGCAUUGCGCCCGGCUGAGAAAUGGUGGAUAGUGGAUCUAUACCUUUCAGGAAUCAGCUACGAGACGAGGGCAAUUCUAGACGAAGAGUAUUCUAAUGAAGAUAGGCCUUGUGAUGGUCAAAUAUAUCGCAAAAUCCGUGAAUACCAGUAUCUACCCCAGAAGGCCGAUGCCCUAGUCUUACCAGCUACCUGUAAGAGACUCCGCGGCCUCUUCCGACACCGCUUGGUUGCCGCUGGAUUUGAUGCUCUUACUAAGAUUCCGGCUCUCUUUGACGCUGGAAUGAAGGUCACUACACUGCAUACAGUGAUGGCAACGAGGUGCUAUGAGGAAAUACAGCAUUACCUUAAUCAUAUUUUCACAGCUUUCGUUGGAUUUUUUAACGGGAUUGAAAACGGGAUUCAGAGACUAGAUAAGGCCACCGUUAAGGCUAUCGAACGUAAGGCACCUGCAGUAUCAACCUCGGAUUCUCAGGAGCUAUCCAUUGCUAUUUUUAAUGGCGCCAUCUUCAGUGGCUUCAGCAGCCAAGAACGCAGCGUUAUAUGGGGUAACAUCCUCAAGUUUAGAGGCAUUAUACCUUCUCUAUCAACCUUUUUUGAAGACAUGCACUUGUUGGAAGCCUGCGUUAACUGCAUCAGGUGGCUAGUUACAGUUCCUACGGAUCAGGCGGAUCAGACGGUAUUCACAGCGCUAGGGGAAGCGUUCCAAUCUCAAGGAGGCACCCAAUGCACUCAGGUAGUCCAGACAACUGAAACUACCUUCCGUUUAGUAAAGGGAAACCCGACAUACUGUAUGAAACUUGGGUAUUUGCAAAUGAUUGCUUUUGCAAUGAAAGACUACAGAGAUUUACCCAAGCAGUCUGUGAAGAAAAAUUUGAUAGAAAUUGCAAGGCCAAAAGCCGAUAGUGAAGUGCUCCAAAAAGGUGCUUCCUUUGCGAAGCAAUUAGGAUUUAGCACCCCUGAGAUAGAGAGGCUGAAAGGGAUGGAGCCUUUAACAUUCUCGGAAGUGGAAGCAUUAGUUCCCGUACCUAAAACAGCUGUGGUUGAGAUUAAGCGCAGGUCUGGGAUGCCACGUACUGAUACUUUUGAGGAAGACAGACAGCAUAUAUUUUUACACAACCUACUCCAAAGUGACGAGGCAGGCGAAGGCAUCACGUCAUUUUAUGUUCUUAAGUCUUGGUUCAAUGCAUUUUUUGGCACAUGGGCGAUACCGGUACCGGUUCCAAACACUGACAGCAACAUGUCACCACCCAAAGACCAAGAAGUUAAAAACGAGAGUGUCAAUUUACAAAAGACGCAGCUAUGA